AACAAACAGGGGAGCGAAGCGGGCAGAACGAGGCAGGCAGCGGCUGUGGGGAGCGGAGCCGUGGGGACGGGGCAGCCGCGGGACCGCUGCCUACGGAGAAACAUAUCUGUAAUGGAACAUUCUGCUAGGAAGAAGAAAAUCAACCUCCUAAGAUAGUCAGAUGAUCUUGAUUCCCCUUCCUGAAUGAGUAGUACAAGAGAAGACUCUCUUAGCAUAAUAAGAGUGCUUCAGAACUGAAUGAUUGAGAAAAGGGGAGAUGCCAUCUCUUUCAAAAUCUCAUUAUUCAGCUGUUUAUAGAGAUGAAUGGGAAGGAAUGAGAGGAUAACAACAGUAAUCUCUCUAGAAAGAGACAACUUGUUCACCUUGGCCCCUAGCUAACAGAAUACACAGAAGAAGGAAAGAGCAGAAUAUUCAUGAGAGAAUACAGAGGCCUGAAAGGAAAGCAUUAAGAUUUCUGUUAAGUCAGUUCAGUGGAAGUGCAAUUAAACAACUAUGGAAGUAGAAAAUGAGCAGAUAUAUAAUGUUAACCCAACAGAACUUGAUCAUCUAAGUGACACUCCAUUUUCUGGUGAGGAAGAGAAUGGUGGAAGUGAGGAAAUAAAGACUGAAAUCAAUGGAAAUUGGAUAGCUGCAUCUUCCAUUAAUGAAGCUAAAAUUAAUGCUAGAGCAAAGAGGCGGUUAAGGAAAAAUUCUUCUCGUGAUUCUGGGAGAGGAGACUCUGUUAGUGAUAAUGGAGAGACACUGAAAAAUGGAGUCACUGCACCAACUAGUCCAAAGGGAAAAUUUCUGGACAGACGAUCCCGGUCUGGAAAAGGAAGGGGACUACCAAAGAAAGGUGGUGCAGGUGGCAAAGGUGUUUGGGGUACACCAGGGCAAGUGUAUGACGUGGAGGAAGUGGAUAUUAAAGAUCCCAACUACGACGAUGACCAGGAGAAUUGUGUCUAUGAAACUGUAGUUCCACCUUUGGAUGAAAGAGCAUUUGAUAAAACUUUAACACCAAUGUUACAGGAAUACUUUGAACAUGGAGAUACUAAUGAAGUUGCGGAGAUGCUGAGGGAUUUAAAUCUUGGUGAAAUGAAAUACAGUGUGCCAGUGUUGGCCGUAUCAUUGUCAUUAGAGGGGAAGGCUAGUCACAGAGAAAUGACAUCUAAGCUCCUCUCUGACCUUUGUGGGACAGUAGUGAGCACAAGUGAUGUGGAAAAAUCAUUUGAUAGACUACUGAAAGAACUACCUGAGUUGAUGUUGGAUUCUCCAAGAGCUCCACAGUUAGUGGGCCAAUUUAUUGCAAGAGCAGUUGGAGAUGGGAUUUUAUGUAGUACUUACAUAGACAGCUACAAAGGCACCGUGGAUUGUGUCCAGGCUCGAGCUGCAUUGGACCGAGCUACUGUGCUGCUGAGUAUGAAAAAAGGUGGAAAGCGUAUAGACAGCGUAUGGGGAUCAGGUGGUGGACAGCAAUCUGUAAAACAACUUGUUAAAGAGAUUGAUAUGUUGCUGAAGGAGUACCUACUUUCUGGAGAUGUAUCAGAAGCUGAGCGUUGCCUUCAGGAACUAGAAGUGCCUCAUUUUCACCAUGAACUUGUAUAUGAAGCAAUUGUGAUGGUUUUAGAAUCAACUGGAGAAACAACCUUUAAAAUGAUGCUUGAUUUGUUGAAAUCCCUCUGGACGUCUACUGUUAUUACUCUGGACCAAAUGAAGAGAGGUUAUGAACGAGUUUACCGUGAAAUCCCAGAUAUUAACUUGGAUGUGCCACAUUCAUACUCUGUGCUUGAGCGGUUUGUAGAGGAAUGCUUUCAGGCCGGAAUCAUUUCCAAACCACUGAGAGACCUCUGUCCUUCAAGGGGAAGGAAGCGCUUUGUAAGUGAAGGAGAUGGAGGUCGUCUUAAACUAGAGAGCUACUGAGUACAGAAACCAACUCUUGCAGCCUUAGAUGCUUAAAGGGAAAAAAUAUAUAUUCUUUAUCUAAAUUGUAAGAGUUGCUUAGCACAGUUCAUAUUUUUUUUAAAGCACUUGUUUUGGUACAAAUCAUUUCUGAAAUAGUUUUGUAAAUUUAUAUUCAGGAAGGAAAUUCCUUUCUCUGGGCACAUAGUAGAACAGAACAAGUAACCACAUUUCAGUGGUGGUGCCUUCAAAUAAACUACCCUUUUGUAAGUGCCGUAUGUUUAUGACCCAAUCAUUCCAUGUUCUGCAUUGAUGUCUGACUGUCACUCCUUUCCUUCAAGGACAGUGUUUAUGUAGUAAAAUCACUGGUUUAUACAAAGCUUUAUUACAGCGGGGUCAAGUUAAGCUGCUGUAACCUCAUUUUGGCUGCUGCUGCUGUUGAAAUGCUGUGCUUUGGGAGGAAAAAAUGGUUAUUUCUUUAAAGAAUCUUAAAAAAUGGAUUGGUCAUAAGAUGUAUUCAUCUUUUCCAGGGGAACGCACUGAUUGGUCUUAAAGACCAGUGCAGUAAAAGGUGGCUGGAACAUCUAUUUCUCUACAAAACUGGAAAAAAUGAACAGUUCUGGUAGAAUGUAUUACAAAAUAAAUUUUUGUAAAGCUA